UGACUUUUUAACCAAAAAAACAGGAAAUUAAUACCAAGAGAAAAAAAAAAGGUUAUUGACAAAAUUUUAACAAAAUGCGUCACAUACACGCUUCCGGUGAUGGUGGCAGAAACGGAUCAGACGUUUCACUCGAUAUCCCACCUAAUGGAUUGUAUUCAGGAUCAAGUGAUUGUAUUAUGCCCGAUGACAAAGAAACCGGAUGCUGUCAGGGCAUAGGUGAUUGGUGUCAACAGACUUCGGCAAAAGUAUUUUGCAAGAAAACUCUCUACAAACGACUACCGAUUUUGACAUGGUUACCAAAGUAUAAUACAGAUGAUUUUAUUGGUGAUGUUGUUGCUGGAAUAACAGUUGGAUUGACAGUUAUACCUCAAGGUUUAGCUUAUGCUGGAAUUGCUGGAUUACCACUUGCUUACGGUCUCUAUGGAUGCUUCCUUGGUUGCUUUUUGUACAUCUUCCUUGGCUCUAGCAAGGAUGUCCCAGUUGGACCAACUGCCAUAUCCGCCUUAAUGACAUUCCAAGUAGCCCAAGGCAAUUGGCAAAUGGCUGUUUUACUUACAUUCCUCACUGGUCUCAUUGAAAUCGGCAUGGGUGUCUUUCAACUUGGUUUCCUCAUUGACUUUGUCUCUGGCCCAGUUAGCGCAGGAUUCACCAGUGCUGUCGCCUUAAUCAUCUUUACAUCUCAAUUAAAAGAUAUCCUCGGUGUUAGCACAAAAGGAGCAACAUUUUUAGACAUGUGGAUUACAAUCAUCAAAGACAUCCACAAUAUCAGCUUAGCCGAUACUCUAUUUGGAGUUGGAUGCAUUGUAAUUCUACUAUCGAUGCGAGCAAUGGCUAGCUUCAAAAUUGGACCAGAAGAUGAUGAGAAAAAGAAGCCAUGGCAAAAAUUUAUCAACAGUACUUGUUGGUUAAUUGGUACAUCAAGAAAUGCAGUUUUGGUUGUUGCAUGUGGUGCUAUUGGAUCGUAUCUUUAUGAAUCUGGUGUGGAAUGGUUUAAAACGGUUGGAUAUGUUCCACCAGGGUUGCCAACAUUCCAAUUACCUCCAUUUUCUUAUUCAACACAAAUGAAUACUACAUCAGGGGAGGUGAUUGAGGUUCAUGAAUCUUUCAGUGCGAUGGUAUCGAAAAUGGGUUCUGGAUUAAUUGUGGUUCCAUUGAUAUCGUUGCUCGAAAAUAUGGCUGUGGUUCAAGCUUUUGCAAACGGAAAACCAGCCGAUGCCACUCAAGAAUUGAUCGCCGUUGGUGUUUGUAACGUAGCCAAUUCAUUCUUCCAAGGUUUCCGUUCCAAUGGAGGCUUGGCUCGUGGAGCUGUAUGCAAUGCAAGUGGAGUUAGAACUCCUCUAUCGAAUCUCUACACUGGAACUCUUGUGAUUAUUGCUUUGCUCUAUUUGACUCCAUUCUUCUUCUUCAUUCCCAAAGCUGCCUUGGCCGCCAUUAUUGUGGCUGCUGUGAUAUUCAUGGUUCAGUACCGUGUCAUUAAACCAAUGUGGAGGAGCAAAAAAACUGACCUGAUUCCCGGAAUUGCAACCUUCAUUGCUUGUUUGGUCCUUGAGCUUCAAAUUGGAAUCCUUGUUGGAAUCGGUAUUAACGUAGUCUUCAUUUUGUAUCAUGCCGCCCGUCCAAAGUUGCGAGUGGAAAACUUAAUCACUUCUUGCGGCACAAACUACAUCAUGUUGACCCCAGAUCGUUGCUUAAUCUUCCCCUCUGUGGAAUUUGUACGUAACGUUGUCAAUAAACAAGGUCUCAAGUCAACAUUACCGGUUGUGAUAGAUUGCACGCAUAUUUAUGGCGCCGAUUAUACAGCUGCUAAAGUUGUAUCAACCAUGAUUGCUGAAUUCCAGGCUAGAGAUCAGAAGUUGUGCUUCUUUAAUCUAAGACCAAGAGUUGCAGCAGUUUUUGAAGGUCUAAAUACCAAUUUGGAGGUAUUUUAUGAUAUGUCAGCUUUAGAGUUGGAGCUUUCUGGAAAGAAACCAGAAAUAACUGCGGCGUGAGCCUGAGCCCUAUCACAGAUCAAGGCUCUCAAGUCUCUGAGCUAUGUUGCCAACGAAUAUUAUUAUUUACUAUUAUUAGUAUUUUUUUUUAUUUAUUUAAUUAAAAAACUUAAAUGAGUUCUGUCAUAAAAUAAGCUUCAAUUACAUGCAAAAUUGUAAGGACGGGCGGCGACGAUAAGAAUCUUAAUGAUGAAUGAGUCUUCAGUCUUGAGAAGUUUUUGAAUGACAGAUGUUUUUUUUUUUUUGUUUAUUAUGUUUAUAAUUAUAUUUAUGUUUAUUUAAAAUUUUUUGUUUUUGUUUAUUUCGAAAUGAAAUAAAAUUUUGAAAACAAUUUUUAUCUCAAGAAAAAAGUUGUUUUUGUAAAAUGUGCCAAAAGAACUUUAAAUUGUAAAAAAAAAAAAAUAUUAAUUUAUUAGUUUGCGUGAUGAUGAAUCUCUCAUACACACCUAUAAA